UUUGCAUGUUUGUUGUUGUUUGUAAUGCUGGGACUCAAACUCAGGGCCUCACACAUCCUAAGUUGCUGCUCUGCAAUAUUUUCUUAUUAAUUUGUAAGAGCUCUUUACAUAUAGGGGCAGUUUUCCAACUCAUAAAUUAUGUCUUGGUUGGGAAUUCAAACCGCUGCCUAAAAGGAGAUCUUAAGAGGCUUCUCAGGUGGAAAAGCCGAUCUGUGCACAUACAUGAGAAGCACUACUACUCUUCACGGUUGGAGGUCUCGGAGCCAUUCGCAAAGAGGAAGGCUUGGGCCCAGGGGACACUACACACCACACCAGAGGCAGACCCGGGACUCCGCCUGCCUGGCGCCGACUGGCGGCCGCAGUGCGCAGGAGCGGAAGUUCGGCCGCCCUUCCCCCACCCGCUUCCGGGCGCGGCUCACUUCUCCCGCCUCCGCCUCCGCCGCGGCUCGUGGACGUCCCGCCAUGGCACUAUCUCGGGGGCUUCCCCGGGAGCUGGCUGAGGCCGUGGCUGGGGGCCGGGUGCUGGUGGUAGGCGCGGGCGGCAUCGGCUGCGAGCUCCUUAAGAACCUUGUGCUCACCGGCUUCUCUCACAUCGACCUGAUUGAUCUGGACACUAUUGAUGUCAGUAACCUCAACAGGCAGUUUUUGUUUCAAAAGAAACAUGUUGGAAGAUCAAAGGCACAGGUUGCCAAAGAAAGUGUACUGCAGUUUUACCCGAAAGCUAAUAUUGUAGCUUACCAUGACAGCAUCAUGAACCCAGACUAUAAUGUGGAAUUUUUUCGACAGUUUAUAUUGGUCAUGAAUGCAUUAGAUAACAGAGCUGCACGAAACCAUGUUAAUAGGAUGUGUUUGGCAGCUGACGUUCCUCUUAUUGAGAGUGGGACUGCUGGUUAUCUUGGACAAGUAACUACUAUCAAAAAGGGUGUGACCGAGUGUUAUGAAUGUCAUCCUAAGCCAACCCAGAGAACUUUUCCUGGCUGUACAAUUCGUAACACACCUUCAGAACCUAUUCAUUGCAUCGUUUGGGCAAAGUAUUUGUUCAACCAAUUGUUUGGGGAAGAAGAUGCUGAUCAGGAAGUGUCACCUGAUAGAGCUGACCCUGAAGCUGCAUGGGAACCAACAGAAGCUGAAGCCAGAGCUCGAGCAUCAAAUGAAGAUGGUGACAUAAAACGUAUUUCCACAAAGGAAUGGGCAAAAUCAACUGGUUAUGAUCCAGUUAAACUUUUUACCAAGCUUUUUAAAGAUGAUAUCAGGUAUCUAUUGACAAUGGAUAAACUAUGGCGGAAAAGGAAACCACCUGUUCCAUUGGACUGGGCUGAAGUACAGAGUCAAGGAGAAGAAUCCAAUCCAUCAGAUCAACAAAGUGAACCCCAGCUAGGUCUGAAAGACCAGCAGGUUCUAGAUGUAAAGAGCUAUGCAAGUCUUUUUUCAAAGAGCAUUGAGACUUUGAGAGUUCAUUUAGCAGAAAAAGGAGAUGGAGCUGAGCUCAUAUGGGAUAAGGAUGACCCAUCUGCAAUGGAUUUUGUCACUUCUGCUGCAAAUCUCAGGAUGCAUAUUUUCAGUAUGAAUAUGAAGAGCAGGUUUGAUAUAAAAUCAAUGGCAGGGAACAUUAUUCCUGCUAUUGCUACUACUAAUGCAGUGAUUGCCGGGUUGAUAGUAUUGGAAGGACUGAAGAUUUUAUCAGGAAAAAUAGACCAGUGUAGAACUAUUUUUUUGAAUAAACAACCAAACCCAAGAAAGAAGCUGCUUGUGCCUUGUGCACUGGAUCCUCCUAACCCCAAUUGUUAUGUGUGUGCCAGCAAGCCAGAGGUGACUGUGCGACUGAAUGUCCACAAAGUGACUGUUCUCACCUUGCAAGAUAAGAUAGUAAAAGAAAAAUUUGCUAUGGUAGCACCAGAUGUCCAAAUUGAAGAUGGGAAAGGAACAAUCCUAAUAUCUUCAGAAGAGGGAGAGACAGAAGCUAAUAAUCAUAAGAAGUUGUCAGAAUUUGGAAUUAGAAAUGGCAGCCGGCUUCAAGCAGAUGAUUUCCUUCAGGACUAUACUUUAUUGAUCAACAUCCUUCAUAGUGAAGACCUAGAAAAGGAUGUUGAAUUUGAAGUUGUUGGUGAUGGCCCAGAAAAAGUGGGGCCCAAACAAACUGAAGAUGCUGCCAAAAGCAUUACCAAUGGUAGUGAUGAUGGAGCCCAGCCUUCCACCUCUACGGCACAAGAGCAAGAUGAUGUACUCAUAGUUGAUUCAGAUGAAGAAGGUCCUUCAAAUAAUGCUGAUAUCAGUGAAGAAACAAGAAGUCGCAAGAGGAAAUUAGAUGAGAAGGAGAAUGUCACUGCAAAGAGGUCACGUACAGAGCAGAUGGAAGAGCUUGAUGAUGUCAUAGCAUUAGAUUGAGCAAGAAACCCUCCUGAAACGUUAGUUCAUCUGGGCAGGACCAGAUUGUUAUGUCCUUUGUUCCAAAGGGAAAAUAAUGACAACGGUGACUUGAAAAUGAUUCUGCUCCCUUUGAAAGCAUUCAUUUUGCUAGAACUAUUAGAACAUUGGCGUAUGCUGUAUUGAAAGUAGGAGUAUAGUUUUAAAACCCUUUGAACAAAGUGUGUGCAUAACCAGUCAUGAGAUGAAACACCACAAUGCAUGUUGCCUUUUUAAUGUAAAUACCCUUAGGUAUCAUUUAAUAGUUCAAAAAUAUUGUGGUUUAGUAAAGUUGAUACCUGGUUAUAAAUAUUAUGCCUUUAUUUUUGGCUAGAAGAAGAAUUAUUUUUAGCCUAGAUCUAACCAUUUUCAUAUUCUUAACUGACUGAAACAGAUUCAAAGAAAUAUCAAGUGCUAUGCAUUGAAACUUGUUUUUAAAUGUUAAUUGGCACUAUGUAUAUUAAUGUAAAACAAUGUUAAUUUACUCAAAUUUUCAGUUUGUACUGCCUGGUAUGUCUGUGUAAGAAAACAAUUUUUGUGUAUUGUUACAAUUUCAGGUUAUUUAUAUUUGAUGUUUUGUAAAACUCAAAUGAUUAUACUGUACUUAUGGACCAAAUAAAUGGCAUCUGCAUACUUGUUACA